UUUUAAAAAAAAUAUAUAAUGGCAGACGUCUAAUCACAAAGAGCAUUCCAAAAGCAAGAAGGUAUCUUCCAAAACUCAAAAAAACUUUUGGCUAAGAAAACAUCAAAAGGAGUUAGAUAUUGGAAAGAAGUUGGACUCGGAUUCAAAGUACCAAAGGAAGCAAUUGAAGGACAUUACAUUGAUAAGAAAUGUCCAUUCACAGGAAAUGUCAGUGUCAGAGGUGCCAUCUUAAAAGGAAUCGUCAUUUCUACCAAGAUGACCAGAACAAUUAUUAUCAGAAGAGACUAUUUACAUUAUGUUGCCAAAUAUAAUAGAUACGAAAAGAGACAUAGAAAUGUCCCAGUCCACAUCUCACCAGCUUUUGGACCAGUCAAGGAAGGAGAUAUUGUUGUUUGCGGAUAAUGCAGACCCUUAUCAAAAACUGUUAGAUUCAAUGUAUUGAAAGUCAUCCCAAAUGAAAUUAUUGGUAACGUGAGAAAGCAAUUUGUUUUGUUUUGAUUAAUAAAUCAAUAGUACAUUAUAUAAAAAUCGAUAAUUUUCUUCAAA